AUGCUUCGACGUGCUUUUAUCCCCUCGUUGUUGUUCAUUGCAGCUGCAUUCCUUUUCCUGCCAACGAUCUUUUUCAGCAGAAAGGUCAGCCACGACUGCUACCAAUAUGAAGACGACGCCCAAUUCAAAACAUUCUUAAAAACUCACCAUGCCAAUUAUCAAUCAGAAAACUUGUGUGUUUUAAAAGCACCAGCGUGUAACCAUCGUGAGAAUGCCACGUUCUUAAUGUUGGCUCGCAAUCUGGAUUUGUAUCUGGUGUUGGAGACCGUACAAGUGGUUCAGGAUCGAUUCAACGACAAGUUCAAUUACGAUUACACUUUUCUCAAUGACGAACCAUUCUCAUCUGACUUUAUAUACCUUGUCAGUAGUUACAUUCCACGCGGGAAAGUAAACUUUGGAAUCAUACCCAAGGAGUAUUGGUCUUAUCCUAGUCAUAUAAAUACCACCGCUUGUGCUGAAGUUCGAGCAAAAUCGGCGGAUAUUCCGUACGGAGAUUCAGAAAGUUAUCGACACAUGUGUCGUUUCUACUCGGGGUUUUUCUACAAGCAUGGGAUGGUGAGACAAUACCAGUAUUAUUGGAGGAUAGAACCAGAUAUCAAGUUAUAUUGUGAUAUGAACGACGACUUGUUUCGCCUAAUGAGGGAAAAGGAUAAGAAAUAUGGGUUUGCCAUUGCUCUUUUUGAAUAUUCUGAAACCAUACCGACUUUAUGGCCUCAUGUUAUCCAGUAUAUAAAGGACCGAAACUUACAACCUGAGCUAUUGCCCAUGUUUACCAACAAGUUUAAUUGGUACAACUUAUGUCACUUUUGGUCCAACUUUGAAAUUGCUAAUUUGGACGUAUUCAAUGAUCCACGGUACGAGGACUUUUUCCAGUACUUGGAUUCAUUGGGUGGGUUCUAUUACGAAAGAUGGGGUGAUGCGCCUGUCCAUAGCAUGGCAAUAAUGAUAAUGUUGUCGAAAAAGGACCUUUAUUGGUUCGAAGACGUUGGGUACACCCAUCCACCAUACGUUCAGUGUCCUCAGGAUCCAGCGGUACAGGGUAAAACCAGAUUGUCCAAAUGGUACCAAACGAUACCCCAAAAACAAAAGACCAAGAUUGUCCGUGACUUGUCGACAAUAAUAUUGUCAAGAAGGGCUAAAAUGUGCAAUGUUUUAGAAUAUAGGGAUUUGAAAAUCAUCUACCGAAGAUAUGCAUCAUUAUUCUUUGUCAUUGGAAUUGACAAUGAUGACAACGAAUUAAUUGGACUUGAAGUUAUUCAUCGAUUUGUUGAACAAAUGGAUAAAAUGUUUGGUAAUGUAUGUGAGCUAGAUAUAAUAUUUGGAUUUGAAAAAGCGUACCAUGUCUUGGACGAGUUGUUGCUUGAUGGGUAUAUUCAGGAGAGCUCAAAGAAGGAGGUGUUGAGGCGAGUCACUCAGCAGGAUGAGUUGGAGAAUAUGGAUGAAUUUGAAAGGGUGCUUGUCUAG